GAGCCUUGGGAUCAUGGGCCCCCACAAAGGUAGCCUGUUCCCUCCCACCAGGCCAGUUUGCAAACGGAGGCCCAUGUUUGCCCUGGAGGGCAGGCACGAUGCCCAGCCUGUGUGGGGGUACACAGAGCUGCUCUGUGCCCACAAGAAGUGCUCCCUCCCCUUCCGGUGGCAAGCCAGACCUGUGGCUGAGGGCCAGGACCCCUCCACCAGGGGGAAGGAAACAGAGCAUUGAGGGACAGCCUGGGACUGAGCAGGCUGAUUGGCUGCCUCUCCAAAGGGAGUGUCAUGUGCAGGCAUGUUGGGAUCUAGCAUCAGAGCAGUUACCACCUGCUGUGCCCUUCAUCACUGGACACAGAGGGGCAAACAGCCUAAGAGGCUGUUACUGGCACUUACGUAGAGCCAGCCCAACAAGGGGUGGGGGUGGGAGUUGGGGACUGCAGCAGGCUCUGACCCUGGCCAGUUCCCUGCAUCGCUGCCCCCAGAUCUACCCAGACCCGGAGCUGGAAGUACAGGUACUGGGCCUGCCUAUCCGCUGCAUCCACAGCGAGGAGGGUUGCCGCUGGAGUGGGCAACUUCGUCAUCUACAGGGCCACCUGAAUACCUGCAGCUUCAACGUAGUCCCUUGCCCCAAUCGCUGCCCCGCCAAGCUGAGCCGCCGUGAUCUGCCUGCACACUUGCAGCAUGACUGUCCCAAGCGGCGCCUCAAGUGCGAGUUUUGCGGCUGUGACUUCAGUGGGGAGGCCUAUGAGAGCCACGAGGGUAUGUGCCCCCAAGAGAGUGUGUACUGUGAGAACAAAUGUGGUGCCCGCAUGAUGCGGCGGCUGCUGGCCCAGCAUGCCACUUCUGAGUGCCCCAAGCGCACCCAGCCUUGCACUUACUGCACUAAGGAGUUCGUCUUUGACACCAUCCAGAGCCACCAGUACCAGUGCCCAAGGCUGCCUGUUCCCUGCCCCAACCAGUGUGGUGUGGGCACCGUGGCUCGGGAGGACCUGCCAGGCCAUCUGAAGGACAGCUGUAGCACUGCCCUGGUGCUAUGCCCAUUCAAAGACUCUGGCUGCAAACACAGGUGCCCUAAGCUGGCAAUGGCGCGGCACGUGGAGGAGAGUGUGAAGCCACAUCUGGCCAUGAUGUGUGCCCUGGUGAGCCGGCAACGGCAGGAGCUGCAGGAGCUGCGGCGAGAGCUGGAGGAGCUGUCAGUGGGCAGCGAUGGCGUGCUCAUCUGGAAGAUUGGCAGCUAUGGGCGACGGCUACAGGAGGCGAAGGCCAAGCCCAACCUCGAGUGCUUCAGCCCAGCCUUCUACACACACAAGUAUGGUUACAAGCUGCAGGUGUCUGCGUUCCUCAAUGGCAAUGGCAGUGGCGAGGGCACACAUCUUUCACUCUACAUUCGAGUGCUGCCAGGUGCCUUUGACAAUCUCCUUGAGUGGCCCUUUGCCCGCCGAGUCACCUUCUCCCUGCUGGAUCAGAGCGACCCUGGGCUGGCUAAACCACAGCAUGUCACUGAGACCUUCCACCCCGACCCAAACUGGAAGAAUUUCCAAAAGCCUGGCACUUGGCGGGGCUCCCUGGAUGAGAGUUCUCUGGGCUUUGGCUACCCCAAGUUCAUCUCCCACCAGGACAUCCGAAAGCGAAACUAUGUGCGGGAUGAUGCUGUCUUCAUCAAAGCCUCUGUUGAACUGCCCCGGAAGAUCCUCACUUGAGUGCAGGCGGGGCUUGGGGGGAAGGGGGAUGGGACAUGACCUCAGUCAGGCACUGGCUGAACCUGGAGAAGGGGCCGGACCCCCAUCAGCUGCUUCUGCUGCCUAGGUUCUAUUGCCCCAUUCUCCCUCUGCCCCACCGCCCUCCACCCCCAGGUGCCUCCAAUUGGUGCUUCAGCCCUGGCCCCUGGGGGGAGCAGGUCUCGGGGUCAAGGGCUGGAAACAAAUGAUCCCAGGGCCUGUCUCCCCUCCUGGGCAGGGCAGACAUGCCUCGGUGCCAGCCACAUCCUACCUGGACUGAGGUGCCUGCUCAGGUGCUAUCUCCCAAGAGCCAUAGGAGUGGGGAGUUGGGAAUGGGGGAGGAGUAGUUAAAAAUCUGUCUUGAGAUCUGGUUUCUUUUCCCCUUUUCCCCAGCUGUGCCCCCUCUGGUUAUUUAUUUCCUUAGUGCCAGGAGGGCACAGCGAGGGAGCCCUGAUUUUUAAUAAAUCUUGAAUUGUAUUUAUUAA